CCCUAGAAACGAGGGUAAGCAAAAUGGCCUCCUUCGCAAAUGUGAAGGUGAAGGCUUUCGCCAAUACGGUAGCUAAUGUUUUCAUGAAAAAUGGAGCUUGCAUGUUGAUGAGAAAUGAAAUAAGCUUUGCAAGAAAUUCAGGUACUCCUGCUAUCUUCAAAUGUUUCUGCUCAACCACUUCAUCAGUUGUAGAGAAGAGAGAUGGAACAAGACCUAGAACCAAGUCACCAUCUUCUACAAUUUCAAAACGAGAUAGACUAUUUAGAGAACUGGCCAUUAUCAUCAGAAAAGGCAAAGUUGAUAGGUUUACAAAGGACUCCUGGCUUUGCACAGCAUAUUCAACAGGUGAAUCAUACAACAUUGAAGCUUUGAGAAAGUAUUUUGAGAGGAAAAGUAGCACUUACAAAGUGGCAGAAUUACCUAAAGAUACAUCAGAUGUCUUAAGGAUUUCACGUCAAGAGCAACUCGGAGCUGAAAGUCAUGAAAUUUUCUUCUUUAGGCGCCUAGGAGCUUUUGUUUGCUGGAAUGUAAAUGAAGCAGAAAGAGUGGAAUUAAAGUUGAUGCUCAAUGAUUUUCAAACAAAGCCUUAUCCUGACGAACUUGUUGAGCGAGAAAAUGAACAGCUAACAUAUCUUUAUAAAGAACGGGACUCAAAUUUGGCUGGUGGGGAUAUUCACCUGAACAGCAAAUUAGGGGAUGAAAAUAAAGCAUUAGAAAAAUAUGCAUUUGCAAAUGCAAUGGCUUUAUCAGUGAAGCUUGCUAUAUGGGAGGCUGCAUUGGAUCAGUUUGUAGAUUCUUUGAGAAAUAUUCCAGAGGAUUUACAGAAAGGGCUUAAGCCCAACAUAUCAAGAAAACAAGUUUUACAGAAGUUAGGAGAGCUUUUAAGCUUACGGCAUCAGAUAAAUUUGUAUUCAGAUCUACUUAUGACGCCAGACUUUUACUGGGACAGAGAGUCUUUGGAGAUUCUGUAUAAUAAAACAUGCAAUUAUUUAGAUGUUGGAAGGAGAACAAAGGUAACAAAUGAGAAAUUAAAUCUUUGUUCAGAAAUGGUUGAAAUUCUUAGAAGUCACUUAGAUGACAGACACUCUUUGAGAGUUGAAUGGGCUAUCGUUGCUCUUAUUGCCAUAGAGGUAUUAUUUGAAAUUGGGCAUUGGAUAGAGAAGUUUUUCCCGCUAUAAACUAUCAACAGGCAGUGGAUCGCUCAAUCACACUCUCAACUUCUAAUAAAUACAAAUAAAUUUAGAAGGUUUGCCAAUCCACAUCAUUACAUUUUAUGGUACAAGAAUGCUAGCCUAAUUAGCAGAGCCUAGAGACAAUUUAUGACUGUUUUUAUGCUAUGUAAUAACACCAAUGUAUAUCGCCUAAGUUUUUAGCUUCAACAAAAAGUUUGAAAAAAUACACAUUAUUUGAUAAA